UUCUCCUGCUGGAAUACAGAGGAGAAAACUAAUACAAUUUCCAUGGAUUGGGCAUUGGUUAUGUGGUCGUGCGCUUUGGUUUUUGUUCAGUACCAUAGUCAUGGGUGUCUUGGGUACUUGGACAAGGAGAGGACUUCUCUCUUGGAGAUCAAAGCUUCCAUCAAUUAUCCGAAUGGGUCUUCUCUUCCUACAUGGGAGGAUGGGACUGACUGUUGUAGUUGGGAAAGAAUCAAGUGCAACAAUGCGACAGGCCGAGUGACUGAAAUUUCUCUCAAAGAUACUAGGGAAUACAAGUUGGGAGAAUGGUAUCUGAAUGCCGACUUACUUCUAUCCUUUGGAGAACUGCGGAGCCUCGAUUUGUCCGAGAAUUACCUCGCUGGUUGGGUUGAUCGUGAAGGUUUCAAAAGAUGGUCGAGAUUGAGCAAGCUAGAGCACCUUGACCUGAGCUAUAACCCACUCAACGAAAGCAUCCUACCAUAUUUGGGUGCACUCUUGUCGCUUAAGAGUCUGUCUCUGAGAAGCAAUAACUUUGGACUUCCAGACAGAGGUAUUGAAGUGGAGUAUUCACCUCCUAUAAUUUUAUAUACAAGUUUUGAAAUGCUGUCCAGAUUGGGCAACCUAGAGCAGCUAGAUCUAAGUUGGAAUCAGUUAAAUAGAAGCAUUCUACCAUAUUUGGGCGCACUCUCCUCCCUCAAGAGCCUCGAUCUAAGCUGGAAUAAUUUGGAAGGAUGCUUCCCCUCAAAAGAACUGGCCAACUUGAGCAAACUAGAGGUUUUGGAUUUGGGAUUUAAUCAACUCAAUGGUUCCCUAUUUCUGCAAGAAUUGGCCAACUUGAGCAAACUAGAGGUUUUGGAUUUGGGACAUAAUCAACUCAAUGGUUCCCUAUUUCUGCAAGAAUUGGCCAACUUGAGCAGACUGGAGGUUUUGGAUUUGAGAUAUAAUCGACUCAAUGGUUCCCUACUUCUACAAGAUUUGUGCAAUCUUGAGAAUCUCCAAGAACUGGAUCUUCAAGGAAAUGAAUUGGAAGGGAGCCUUCCUCCAUGUCUCAGCAACUUGUCAUCCCUCCAACUACUUGAUCUCUCCGCGAAUAGACUCAGUGGGCAAAUCUCCUCAUCUCUCAUCUCUAACCUCACAAUGAUCCGGUUCCUUUCUCUCUCCCCCAACCGCUUCGAAGGGUCUCUCUCAUUUAGCUCAUUUGCUAAUCUUUCCAAGCUCGAGGUUGUGGAACUUUCAGUACUGGAAGGUGCAUAUCCUGAGGGCGAUGUUAUAACUUAUCCCAAUCAGUUGGAGGUUGAAACUGAAUCCACACAUUGGGUUCCUAAAUUCCAGUUGAAAGUCCUCCACUUAUCAAACUGCAACAUCAACAAGCUCACUGGUACCAUUCCCACCUUCCUUUCCAGCCAACAUAACCUGAUAUCAUUAGACCUUUCCCACAACAACAUGAAGGGAAAGUUCCCAUCUUGGUUGUUAGAGAAUAAUGAAAGACUACGAGUUCUAGACCUAGGAAGCAAUUCCUUAGUCAGCCCAUUCCAUCUGCCAACUCAUUCUAGAAACCUGGAUUUAUCAUUGUUGGACGUCUCCAACAACCAAAUCUACGGACAACUUCCUGAAAAUAUCGGCUCUCUCCUUCCAAAUAUAGAAUACUUAAACAUGUCUACAAAUGCUCUCCAUGGUACCAUUCCUCCCUCGGUGGGCAACAUGACACAAAUUUAUACUUUAGAUUUGUCGAGAAACAAAUUUUCGGGAGAAAUACCAGAGCAAUUGGCCAUUGGUUGCAUCUCAUUGAAAAAUUUGAAGCUAUCAAACAAUAGAUUACAAGGCCCAGUGUUUCCGACUCAUUCGAACUUGAUACAGUUACAGUAUCUGUAUUUGGAUGGGAAUAUAUUCACGGGGAAGAUCUCAGCUGGUAUAUUCAAAAGCCCACAACUAGAGAUUUUGGAUGUUGGUAAAAACAACAUAUCCGGUCAUCUUCCUACACAGAUUGGGAACUUUACUGAAUUGAAGUCGCUUUCUAUGUCAGAUAAUUAUUUGGAAGGUUCCAUUCCAGUCGAGUAUUGCAACCUCUACAGUCUUUCCCUUUUGGACCUAUCUGAAAAUAGAAUUUUUGGACCCAUACCUUCUUGCUUCAAUCUAUCUUUGAGCUUCUUACAUUUGCAAGGAAAUGAGCUUACAGGAUUCAUGCCAAAUGCUUUAUCCAAAAUCUCCUCCCUUGUUACAUUGGACGUCAGGAACAACAAGAUAUUUGGUAAUAUUCCAAGUCGGAUUGGUUCAAUUUCUAAUUUAAGGGUUCUUCUCCUCAGAGGAAAUAAUUUGCAAGGUCGCAUUCCCACGCACUUAUGUCAACUGAAGAACAUCAGUAUAUUAGAUCUUUCACAUAAUAAUCUCUCUGGGCCAGUACCGCCAUGCUUUGGUAAUAUGACAUUCGGGAGGGCAAGAGUAACAGACUUUCUAACUUUUGUUGUCUCUCAAGAGACCUAUGAUGGCUAUUUAGAUUUAUUCCAUGGACGUGGAUAUCGUAUUGAUAUUAGUGUGCCUAUGAAACUUUCCUAUGCGGCAUCAAGUAACGAAGAAGUGGAGUUUAUAACAAAGAGGAGGUCUGAAACUUACAAGGGCAACGUUCUUUACUUUAUGUCUGGUUUGGAUCUGUCAUGGAACCAGUUAACAGGUGAAAUCCCCCCUGAAAUUGGACAUCUAACUGCUAUUCAUGCAUUGAACUUGUCCCAUAAUCAAUUGACUGGACCAGUUCCAGAAACCUUCUCAAACCUAAAACAGAUUGAGAGCAUGGACCUUUCUUACAACAGAUUGAGUGGGAAAAUUCCUCCUCAACUUACUGAUCUCAACUUCCUAUCUACAUUCACAGUGGCCCACAAUAACUUAUCUGGUAGGACACCUGACAUGAAAGGGCAGUUUAGCACCUUUGGAGCAACCAGCUAUGAAGACAAUCCUCUACUCUGUGGUCCACCGCUGAAGGGUUGCUUCUCUACUUCUCUGCUACCACCUUCAAUGCCAACAACAUCAGAAGAGGAGGAAGACAGUUAUGACAUAAUCUUCUAUGCAUGCUUUUCGGCGUCCUGCACCAUCUCGUUCUUGGUUUUCAUCUCUCUUCUCUACAUCAACCGCUACUGGCGAGGUCUAUAUUUCUAUAUGGUCGAUGCUUGUAUCUAUUCAUGCUAUUAUUUUGCUAUAGAAAGCUACUAUUUUGCUUUAGACAACCUUCGCAAGGUUUUCCCCUGGCUACUUGCAUAACCUUCAAGCCAGAACAGUUUCUCCCUGUAACUCAAAUUGUAAGACAAUAUAAUAAGCAUGUUCAUGGAAGACGGUGCUUUUAUUUCAAACCAAGUUUCCCUUUUUA